AUGCCGGCCUCCUCGAACGGGGAGACCUCAGGCCACGAGGAGAAAGGAGGCGACUAUCCCAUAACCACUCGGGAACCAGAAGCCCUCGACGAUGCAGCCUCGCCCACAAAAGGUGUCGAUGCCGCGUGGGAGUUUCUCGACGCGAACCGCGGCCAGGAGCACGAACAGGUUGACCUGGCCCGGCUGCGCACCAAGAUCGACUGGCACAUCGUGCCGUUGAUGUUCUGCUGCUACACCAUGCAGUUCCUCGACAAGGUCAUCCUCAACUAUGCCGCCGUGAUGGGUAUCCACGAAGAUCUCAACCUCCAGGGCAACGAUUUCUCCAAUAUAGCCACCUUCCUCUUUGUCGGUUUGUUGUGUUUCGAGAUUCCCAAUAUCUACUUCCUCCAGGUCCUCCCCGCCGCGAAAUGGCUCGGUUUCAACGUCGUUUCCUGGGGCGUCGCGACAGCUUGCGGCGCGGCGGCCUACAACUACCAGACCCUCCUGGUAUCGCGCGUCUUCCUCGGUAUAUUCGAAGCCACCAUCGGCCCCUCUCUCAUGCUCAUCAGCAGUCAGUACUACACCAAGUCGGAGCAGGCCCCUCGCUUCUCCUUCUGGUACCUAGGUCUCGGUCUAGGCCAAAUCAUCGGCGGCCUCGUCUCGUUCGCCUUCCAGCACAUUGAAGGGGCUGGGUUGGCCGGCUGGCGCAUCAUGUUCAUUACCUUGGGGGUUGUGACCGUGAUCAUCGGCCUCGCUACCUUCUUUUUCCUGCCCGACACCCCCAUGAAAGCCCGCUGGAUGACCGACAGCGAGAAGGUGGCACUGCUGAAGCAUGUCAGUGUCAACCGGACCGGUAUCGACAGUCGCAAGUUCCGGCCCAGGCAAAUCCUGGAUGCCUUGACGGACCCUCAGAUGUACCUGAUGACUCUGUCUGUAGUCCUGCUCUCCGUCUCCAGCGGCGUCGUCACAACGUACUCUUCCACCCUGAUCCGAAACCUGGGUUACGAUCCCAAGCGAGCUGCCCUCAUGAACAUGCCCUCGGGCGCGGUCAGCAUCUUCUUCACGCUCCUCGUCGGCUUCGGUGUCCGCUUCCGGUCCCAUCGCUGGGCCUGGAUCAUUGCUUGCAUCUGUCCGGCAAUCCUCGGCGGCGCCUUGAUGUCAUUCCUCCCCGUGACUAACCGAUCCGGUAUCCUGGCGGGGAUUUACCUCGUCAACGCGGUCGUUGCUCCAUUGACCGUCUUCUAUGCGUGGACCGCCGCCAACUUCGCCGGUGCCACAAAGAGAGCCUUCGCCGUCGCCAUCGUCAGCGGCUCAUUCUCUCUCGGAAAUAUCAUCGGACCCCAGACCUUCCAGGCCCGCGAUGCACCCGAAUAUCGACCCGCCAAGGUGGCCGUCAUGGGUACUCAGGCUGGCUGUGCAUUCACCACCUUCCUCCUUCUCCUGUACUACGUUUGGAUGAACAAGAAGCGCGAUUCAGUGCCCCGCGACACGGAGGCAGAAGAGUCGUACAUGUCGCCCGAAAUCUGGGCUCAGUUGACGGACAGGGAAAACAAGAAGUUUCGGUAUACAUACUGAUAUGCUGGGGGGUUAAUG